AAGUACAAUGGAUUCCCCUCCUACAAGGGACCAUGUUACAGAAAGUCCCGAAAAACAAGCAGAGUCUCCCCUGCCACCCAUCCAAGAGCGGCUGGCCUGCCUGCGGCCGUCUCGAGAGCUGCUGGAGUUUUACAGGCAGAAAGUGGCCCAGUUUGAUGAGGAGCACGACAGCCUGCUUCAGAUGCUAGAGAAAUACAAAAGUGCUAUGGCUGACCAGAGUAAACUCCAGUGGGAGGUGCGACAGCGUGAGGAGGAGAUCUCAGAGCUUCAGAGGGCAUUGAGCGACAUGCAGAUCUGUCUCCUCCAGGAGAGAGAACAGGCGUUGCGGCUCUACGCCGAAAAUGACCGACUCAAAAUCAGGCAGCUGGAGGACAGGAAAAAGAUCCAGCACCUUCUGUCUCUGUUAGGUCCAGAUGUUGGCGAGAUCACCUAUUUUCAUCGAGAGCCUCCUCACAAAGUCUCCAUUCCUCAGAAAAAGCUCCACUCCAAACAGCAAGAGAAUCAAAAGCCACAAAAAUUCAGACUGGUGUCGGCCAGAGAAGGCAGCAGGAGACAAUCCAAAGAUGGACUGAAGGAUGCAGAGACCCAGAAAGAUAAACAGACGCUACUGUUACAGGUGGAAGCACUGCAGGCUCAGAUGGAGGAGCAGACGCGACUGGCUAAAGAGCAGGUGGAGUCUCUGCUGGAGGACAGGCGCAUUUACUUAGAGGAAGGUCAGAACCAGCACCAGAGAGACCAGGAGAAAAUUACUGCCCUCACUGAUAAGCUUCAGCGUACUCAGAACCUGCUCUACGAGAGCACCAGGGACUUUCUGCAGCUGAAGUUUGACAAUCGUGUUCAGGAGAAAAACUGGAUGACAGAGAAGGAUGAACUGCUGAGAAAGCUGGACUCUUAUCAGGACAAACUGAGGGAAGCCCGUGGUUCUCACUUCCAGCCGAGCCUGACGCCUUCCCUGCCCCUCACCCAACACAUCUCAGAGCCCUGUCAGGCACAUCGAGAGGAGAUCAAGGCACUGGAAGAGGAGCUGAAGCAGGCCCAUAAGCUGGCUGACAUGUACAGAGAACAGUGCAUUGGGCUGGAGACUGACCUCACCCAGAUCAGAGAGGAGGGAGACGUGGGCCGUGAGAUCUUCAAGGAGCGUUCAGAGAAAAUGGCGAACCGUCUUCGGCUCAUGACACAGCGUUAUGAGGCUUUAGAGAAGAGACGUGCUCUGGAAGUGGAAGGCUUUAAGACUGACAUCAAAUAUCUUCGCCAGAAACUGAAAGAUUUGGAGAAACAGAUCUUUAAAGUGACACUGAAUGUGGGGCCAGACCAAGACCUGGCCAUUCUCCAUGAAGUCAGACAGACCAACGCCCACACUAAGAAGGUCCUGGGAGAGCUGAAGACUUUGAAAGCAAAGAUCUAUGGGCUGGAGAAUGAAUUAAGAUAUGGCUGA